AUGGAGGUUGGUAACGGGGGCGAUUCGGCCAUGGAGGUGGAGGCGGAAGUGAGCCCGUUCGCCGCGGCGGCAGCCUCCGGUUCCCCGCUCCCCGGCGGCGUGUCCUCCUCGGCCAGGCGGCUGGGCCUCAAGAACAGCAUCCAGACCAACUUCGGCGACGACUACGUCUUCCAGAUUGCUUCUUGCCAGGAGAUCUCAACGCUCGCGGUUUCUCUGUCGACAAAUGCACUCAAGUUCUAUGCUCCAGCAACUGGACAGUAUCUGGGGGAAUGCACAGGGCAUACAGGGUCCAUCCAUGAGAUUGCCUUUUCGGCUCCGUCAUCGCCGCAGGUGAUAUGCUCUUGCUCUGGUGAUGGGACCAUCAGAGCCUGGGACACAAGGAGCUUCAAGCAGAUAUCUUUGCUAAAUGCUGGCCCCUCGCACGAAAUGUUUAGCUUCUCCUUUGGUGGAACAAGUGGUAACCUACUUGCUGCUGGUUCUAGUUCCAAGGUUCUGUUGUGGGACUGGAGAAGUUCAAAACAGGUUGCCUGCUUAGAGGAAUCCCACAUGGACGAUGUAACCCAGGUUCGAUUUGCACCAAAUCAACAGAGUAAACUCAUUUCUGCGGCAAUUGAUGGUUUAAUAUGCGUCUUCGACACUGAUGGUGAUAUCAAUGAGGACGAUCAUUUGCUAUCUGUUAUGAAUGCGGAGACUUCUGUUUCCAAGGUGGGUUUCUAUGGAAACAAGUAUCAGAAGCUUUGGUGUUUGACCCAUAUUGAAACACUAAGCACUUGGGACUGGAAUGAUGGGACUAGAGAAUUGAAUAUAGAGAAUGCUCGUUCCCUGGCUAGUGAUAAGUGGAACCUUGACCAUUUGGACUACUUCGUCGACUGCCACUACUCUCUGCCUGAUGACCGUUUAUGGGCUAUCGGUGGCACCAGCGAGGGGACACUAGGUUACUUCCCUGUAAAAAACAAUCCUGCGGGAGCGAUCGAUUGGGUGGAGGCUGUCCUCGAAGGAGGCCACACAGGAGUUAUCAGGACCAUAUGCCCAGGUGGAAGCAGUCUUGAGAGCCUUGGCCAAAACAAGGGCAUCUUUGGGUGGACAGGAGGCGAGGAUGGCCGUCUAUGUUGCUGGCGCUCGGACGAUGUCGCAGCGACGAAGAAGUCCUGGAUCUCCAGUACGCUCGUGUCACGCAUCGACAAGAAAACGAAAAUCCGACAUCAGCCCUACUGA